AUGGCGGGGACAAACCUCACCUUAGUGACCGAAUUCCUCCUUAUCGCAUUCACCCAAUGUCCCGAAUGGGCGCUCCCUCUCUUCCUCCUGUUUUUGUUUAUCUAUCUCAUCACUUUAUUGGGGAACUUGGGGAUGAUCAUUCUGAUCCACAUGGAUCGCCGGCUCCACACCCCGAUGUACUUCCUCCUGAGACAUCUCUCUUUCAUGGACAUCUGCUACUCGUCUGUCACUGUCCCUCAGACGAUGGCCGUGUUGCUGGAGCACGGGGCAGCUUUAUCCUACACACGCUGCGCAGCUCAGUUCUUUCUGUUCACCUUCUUCGGUGCCAUCGACUGCUACCUCCUGGCCCUCAUGGCCUACGACCGCUAUGUGGCCGUGUGCCAGCCCCUGUUCUAUGUCACCAUCAUGACUCAGAAGGCCCGUUGGGGUUUUGUGGCUGGGGCUUACGUGGCUGGCCUCUUCAGCGCCUUGGUGCGGACCGUCUCAACUUUCACUCUCUCCUUCUGUGGAAACAAUGAGAUCGACUUCAUUUUCUGUGACCUCCCUCCUCUUUUAAAGCUGACCUGUGGGGACAGCUACACCCAGGAAUUGGUCAUUAUUGUGUUUGCCAUCUUUGUUCUCCCUGCCUGCAUGGUGGUGAUCUUGGUGUCCUACCUGCUUAUCAUCGUGACUAUUAUGAGGAUCCCCUCGGCUGGAGGCCGGGCCAAGACCUUUUCUACAUGUGCCUCCCACCUCACGGCUGUGUCACUUUUUUUUGGCACCCUCAUCUUCAUGUACCUGCGAGGUAACUCUGGCCAGUCCUCGGAAGAGGAUCGGGUGGUGUCCGUGUUCUACACGACAGUGAUCCCCAUGUUAAACCCCCUCAUCUACAGCCUGAGGAACAAGGAAGUGAAGGAGACCCUAAAGAACAUUCUCAGAAGAGUCGAGUUGUCCUAA